AUGGUGGUUUCAUUCUUGCAAGUCAUCCUAGUCUCCGUGGCUAUUAUCGGUACCUACCAACAAGUACAAAUCAAGUGCUACGACUGUGUUACCCCACUCGGCGUGGAUGACGCCAACGACUACUGUAACGCAAGUUUGUACUGCAAAGGAGUCUACUGUACAAAGGGACCGGACGCCUUGUCAAACGGAAUCUAUCACGGAUGCAUUGACAAUCCACCAAUUGAUACCGCAGGAGCGUCUUGCAAACUAGUCACCAAUUCUUUGGGUACUCACACGAACUGUUUCUGCAAGAACAUUGACUUCUGCAACGACUCUCCGGCCAUUCGUGAUAGUCAAAUAAUGCUCGUCGCCUUCCUAAUCGUCCUGACCUUCUUCUAUCUUUACGUACAAUAA